UGUCGUUCUGUUUCUCUCUCUCUCUCUCUCUCUCUCAUAGCUGUUUUCUCUCUCUCCUCUUCGAGCUCUGGAAAUUGCAGCCACUUUCUUGGAGACGGAACAAGAAAAAUCCGGAGCUCUUCGAAAUUCUGCAAUUUUCUCAUCUGAAUUCCUCAAUCGGAAGCUUCAUCAAAUGUUAGAUUCUCUUCCGCCGGAGGUUUUGUUCUACAUCUUCCUCAAACUUUCCUCCAAAACCCUCAUACUCUGCAGCUGCGUUUCAAAACCAUGGCGUUCUCUAAUCACCGAUCCGGUUUUUGUCGUCUCUCACCUUAAUCAAUCCAACACGAACCGCGGCGGUGAUCGUCUACUUCUCCUCCGGCGGUGCUAUGGUACCGGUAGCAAGAAUGGCGAGCGCUACUCUCUGCAUUUCGAUACUGAAACCUUGGGGAUUUACAAGGAAUUGAAGCUUCCUUAUGUUAAUUGGAAUGAGAAUUUUAAACUGGUAGGUUCUUGUAACGGAUUGUUGUGUUUGUUAGGUUUGGAUAUUUUCUUGUGGAAUCCUUCGAUUCAGCGAUUCCUCGCUGUUCCUUGGCCGAGCGAUAUCUUCACUGUGUAUGGAACGCCGUACAAGUACGCGCUUGGAUUUGGCUUCGAUUCUCGCGCUAGCGACUUCAAAUUGGUUAGGUUAGUGUAUAUUGAAGGUGAAUCGCCUUUGUAUGAUUAUGAACUUCCGCCUAAGGUGGAGUUGUAUCAGCUUAGUACGCGUUCUUGGCGACAAAUUAUCGAUCCUGCUCCUUGUUAUGAAAUACUCAAAUCGCAAUGGACACAGAUUUUUAUGAACGAAGCUGUUCAUUGGAUUGCGUUCACUCGAAGCCGCAGAGGCUUUCGAUGCGUAAUUCUGAGGUUCCAUAUGGAUAGUGAAUCUUUCAGCACAAUUGCACUUCCACAUAGUUUGGUGAAUGAAUUUCCACAGAAUUUGAAAGUUGCAGUGCUUGGAGGAUCACUUUCUGUUCUUCAAUGCGGCUGGUAUCCUUUCGGUAAUAGAUACGUUUCAUCUGUUUGGAUGCUGAGAAAAUAUGAUGUACCUGAAUCUUGGACAAAAAUUCUGAGUGUUGAUCCAUCUCAAGGGCUGGGAAUGGCUCUCCGUUGCAGGGAAAACGGUGAGAUGCUUAUGACAUCUAGAAAUGGAGAACUGGUUUCAUACAAACCAGAGAAUCAAAUUGUGAAGGGGCUUGGAAUUCGUGGAGCUCAUGAUUCUUUCUUUCUGGAUACAUUUGUUGAAAGCAUAGCUCUGCUUAAUCAAGGGAAAAGAAUCGUGAAAGAAGUGCUUGAAGAUGACGAUUGGGAUGAAUAUCAUGGAACUUCUGCAACUCUCAACUAAAGCUUCAGAUCGGUAAGCAAUAAUGUUAGUGUAAAUUGAUUGAAAUUGUUUAUUUAGUUGCAGUUGAAUUGCAUCCUGUUCAUGUGUAUGUUAAUUGAAAUUGAAUACUGAGUUCCAUUUGAUUCUGUUUUCUUGAAUGAUUCUAUUGAAGUUUGAGUUCA